AUGCUGGAACUAAGGUUGGUGCAGGGGAGCCUGCUGAAGAAGGUGCUGGAGGCCAUCAAGGAGCUCGUUACUGAUGCCAACUUCGAUUGCUCUGCUACCGGCUUCUCCCUCCAGGCCAUGGACUCUAGCCACGUCGCCCUCGUCGCUCUCCUCCUCCGAUCCGAGGGCUUCGAGCACUACCGCUGCGAUCGCAACCUCUCCAUGGGAAUGAAUCUCAAUAACGUCUCCAAGAUGCUCAGAUGCGCCGGCAACGAUGACAUCAUCACCCUCAAGGCCGAUGAUGGCAGCGACACCGUCACCUUCAUGUUUGAAAGCCCCAAUCAAGAUAAGAUUGCUGAUUUUGAGAUGAAGCUAAUGGAUAUCGAUAGCGAGCAUCUCGGCAUCCCAGAAGCAGAGUAUCAUGCUAUUGUGAAGAUGCCAUCCGCCGAGUUUGCCAGGAUUUGCAAAGAUCUUAGCAGCAUUGGUGACACAGUUGUGAUUUCAGUGACAAAGGAAGGAGUCAAGUUUUCUACAAGAGGAGACAUUGGGAAUGCAAACAUUGUUUGCAGGCAGAACACUACAGUUGACAAGCCAGAGGAAGCCACCAUCAUAGAGAUGCAAGAGCCAGUGUCAUUAACCUUUGCUCUGAGAUACAUGAACUCUUUCACCAAAGCCACUCCGCUGUCAAACACUGUGACCAUCAGCCUUUCUUCUGAGCUACCAGUGGUUGUAGAGUACAAGGUGGCAGACAUGGGCUAUAUCAGGUUUUACUUGGCACCCAAGAUUGAAGAUGAUGAGGACAUGAAGCCUGAAGUCUAGAUUAACAGCUCUUAUCAAUUCAUUCUAGUCUAUUUUGUUCACUUUUGUUAAAGUCUUAUCCUUUGUCUCAAAUUUCCUGUCUGUUAAUCUAGAGUUCCAGAUCUGAAUUUCUAUUGCAAUUGAAAGGGAUCUUAAGUUUUGAUGGAUUAUAUAGCAUAGGAGUUCUAGCUAGAUCUGAUAGGUAAAAUACUCUUGUCAUUUAAUGGUUCUCAUCUCAAAGGGUACCUGGUUUUACGUGUCCUUGCCAAACA